AUGGCUUCUGUCGCACCUCGUCCAACCCUCAUGUUCGCGAUCGCCAGCGACGAUCCGCAGGCAGUCCGCGCAGUCCUCGCAAACGGCGAAGUAGGCCCCAACGAUCAAAUCGGGCCUCAGUCGGCGCUGGAGUUCGCCCUGACUACGGGUAGUUUGACAAAUAGGACUGAAAUUGUCAAAACCCUCCUCGAGUACGGCGCGGAACCGCCAUCGAAGGCGGAACAACAGCGGACAGCGGAUCCCACCGCAUCUUCUGGACAGAGCCCUCCGCCCGCAGCAUCUUCCAUUUUGGACAGCCUUGACCCUGCCACCAGAUACUAUGUCCAGAAAGCUGGCGAUGAGAACACCCGCCGCAAUUCUGCGUUGAUACACCGAUCAUUCUUCCGCCCGCUGACACGCGUUCGCUAUGAUCUCAUUGGGCAAGACCGAGCGCUGGAACAGCUCUUUCGCGUUUUGAGCAUGCACUCGCAACAAUUCUCAGUGGCGCCAGUCGUCGUCCUACUCUGCGGACCUAGCGGACACGGCAAGACGUAUUUGGCACAGAAAUUCGGAUCACUGCUCAAAGUUCCGAGUAUCACGGUCAAUAUGACCACGCUCAGGAAUGCGCAGGAUUUGUGGCAGGCGUAUUCCACCGAUCCCGAUAGCACGGCCUCGAACCAUACGCUUGCAGACUUCCUUCUCGAGAAUGAAGGAAAGCGCUGUGUCGUGCUUCUUGACGAGAUCGAGAAAACGCAGGACGACAAGGCGCUCUGGGCUCUACAUAUGCCUUGGGAAAUGGGUCGCUGCGCCUUCGAAGCCGGACGGCGCCACGUCGAUGUCAGAAAUGUCAUCUGGCUCGCCACUUCGAAUAUCGGUCAGGAACUGAUAUUCGAGCACCACUCGUCGCGUCGGGAACAAGAGUUCAGCAUGACGCGAGAGGAGUAUUUGGACCUAAUGGCGUCUCUUCGACCGCAAGUUUCCGGCCGGCUCGGGACAUCUUUACUAUCACGAGUCACCACCGUAUUGCCGUUUGUUCCCUUCACGGAAGAAGAGAGGAUGGCGAUCGCAGGAGAGGCGGCCCUCCACGUUGGGGGCGACAUGGCCCGGUCCUUGCCUCCGGAGACGAUGCGUCACAUUGUCAAACAGGCAGCGGGCGCGGGUUACAUUCCGUCUGAGGGGGCCCGAAGUUUGUAUCGGGAUGUGGCUGUACGACUAAUGGAUGCACUGUGA